UAAAAACAAACCAUCAAAUUGUUUGCAUAAUCCCCUCUUUUGAAUCCUUCAAAACACCAAAACCGGCCUCAAUCUCCACCUCCGAAGAUGAAGAUCACCGUAGUCCCCUUAUCCGGAAAACCCGAUUAUGCGACCGAGCUCGACCCCGACCCCGACGCCACGAUCAAUGAUCUCAAGACACUUGUCCUAGAAAAAUAUGGCAUCCCUAUGUAUCAACAGCUCCUCCUCUUCCCUUCACCAUCUCCACCCUCACUUUCUUCACCUCGACACUUCACCUCACCUUACGGCCCUCUCGAACCCCUCGACACGGUCUCUCUUUCGGUCAGCUCCACCGUGUACCUCACCCUCCGUCUUCGAGUCCUCCUCGUCGAGGCCGAGACGGAGACGGAGAGGGAGCUUUUUGUAGACCUUAAUUGGGGUUGCACCAUAGGUAACCUACGUGAUCAAGUCAAGUGCCUUACAAAAAUCCCUACUAAUAAGAUGAGUGUUUCUUGGGGUACCCUAAAGUUUGGUCCUUACAAUGAAUGUACCCUUGAGAGUGUAUGUCAUGGUCUUUGGGAUAACCCUACACAACCUUUUAUUGUUAGGGUUGUUAGUACUACCUCUAUAAUAACUCCCCACAAAAACAAGGGCAAGGCACCAUUGUUGUCUGAUGACCUAGAGGACGGUCAGCUCGACAUGGACUCCGAGGACGAAAGGGCUCACGAAACCGGGUACGUUACUCCCGGGGCCAUGUUCACCUCUGAGCAUCGCCGGAAGUACAAUGAUGUCGGCCCCUUACGCGCCAAGCGUGGGGGUGGGACUUUCUUUGGGGUUCGAUACAAGAAAACCGGCUCUAAGUCCAGGGGCGGAUCUACUAUGCCUACGAUCAUCGAUGCCCUCGACCCUCCAGGGAGUCCCAUCCCUCUACCGGAGGGUCUUUCUAGUACCGAGUUUGUCAAGGAUCCUGAGAUUAAGUUCGUGAUCUUAUGGCUUGGAGUUGAGGGAGGGUUAGAGGAUUUGUUAACAAGCUUCAAUUUUCAUCAGAAGAGCGACACACGUUGUGUGGUUGUGAAAGGGGAUCGUGAUUUAGCCACUUAUUGCUUCCUUAGGAAGCUUAAGGCCGAUUUGGUGAACGUUCCUAUAUGUGCUCUUACAGACUGUGAUCCCUACUCAUUAAAGGUCCUCGCUUUCCUUAGACAUCCGUUGGCCGAGUUCCCUCCGAAAUUGCAAAGACAGUUGGGUGUUGAGUGGAAGAAAAGGGCUACAAUGUAUGGAGCUACAAUUGAGAUCAAGUGGGUGGGUGUUAAACCAAGUUAUAACAGGUUCUUUCAAAUGGACAAGUUUGCUAUGACGAACAAGGAUACCGAGACAGCCGAGGCGCUACUGAUAGAAGAAGGUUUUGCAGGGAUGUUUCCUGAGUGGGCUCAAGAGUUGAAGCUCCUGAUUCAGGGUAAGGAGAUGGCUAAAAUCGAGGCGUUUUCUGAGUUCGGGCAGGAUUAUCUUACUUCUGUUUUUCUGGUUGAACAACUGGGGAAGCAUCGUUGUUGUAGGAUAAAACAUAGUAUUGCAGGUCGUCGUUGAGUCUGCAAUUGAUGCAGGACAUUUCCAAAGGAGGAUCACAAGAGGUUUGAGAUGAUUGCAACAUGUUAUUACAAGUGCUGUUGUUGUUCAAUUACUUGUUGUUUUCGCGUUCCUAGUUGUACAAGGCCGUGUUCUGUUGAGCUGAAUUUUACUCAACUUAACUAAACUGUUUUUGAUAACAGAAACAAAUGUGAAUGUUGUAUUGCUGUAAACUGCUCAGAGGUUUGAACAGCUAACAAAUGAAUAGAUUAAUUUUGUUUACUUUAUCUACAAUUCCUAUGAAUUUUACCAAUAUAUAAUCAAGCUUACAAUAAAUUAUGGAAUAUAAUGAAGAUGAAUAAAUUAACAAGGUGAAUUUCAAGUGUUUAUGGAGGUCAUUGUCCACAUCCAACGGCGUCUCUGUACUCCAUGAAGAGUAGGGCAGCACCAUAAUGAGCAAGAGCACCCAACAGCACGAACACGUGGAAAAUCUGAUGACUAGACCCUGCAAGAUCGAACCAGCCAGGCCUCCACCUCUCUGGGAUCCUGGUCACAUAGAAUCCGGUCCCAACAAGGUAAGACAAUGCCAUACCAGCCUCAUAUGCAAGAGUCAAAUUCCUUCUUGGGUUAUUCCAAUUCAAGAUACAAGCAUGAACAGCAGGAAAAAGCCC